AUGGCAAUGUCUUCUAUGUUCUUCUGCAACUCCCAGCUCUCAGUCUUGUUCAUCAUUUUAGGCAACUUACUCUACUGUUGUUAUAGUAGCUCUCAUAACUUUGAAUCUCAUGCCCACCCAAUUUGUGGACCUUAUCAUCCUGCCCAUGCGAUUCCGAUUUUUCCAGAAGAUGUGGACCUGAUGCAAUUUCCCCUGAAUCUUGAGUUCCUCGAAGCAGAGUUGUUCUUGUUUGCAGCACUGGGAUACGGGCUUGAUAAGAUCGCUCCCAAGUUAGCCCUGGGCGGCCCACCUCCUAUCGGUGCCAGGAAAGCCAACCUUGAUCAUCUCACUAUGGCAAUUAUCGAAGAGUUUGGCUUCCAAGAAGUUGGCCAUAUCAGGGCAAUUGAACGAACAGUUGGUGGGUUUCCGAGGCCAUUGUUGAAUCUAAGUGCCCAUAACUUCGCCAAGCUAAUGGAUCAGGCAUUCGAAUACCCACUGAUCCCUCCCUUCGAUCCAUACCGUAAUAGCCUCAAUUUCAUGUUGGCUUCCUACUUGAUUCCUUAUGUGGGUCUUACUGGUUACGUUGGAACCAAUCCAUUCAUCAACGGAUACAAAGCUAAGGCACUGUUGGCGGGUCUGGAAGGGGUAGAAGCUGGGCAAGAUGCAGUGAUAAGAAUGUAUUUAUACGAAAGGGCCAAGGAAAUGGUGGAACCUUACAACAUAACAGUGGAGGAGUUCACAAUUAAAAUCUCAAAGCUGAGGAACGAACUGGGUAAGUGUGGGAUCAAGGAUGAAGGAAUCUUUGUUCCACUUGAGUUGGGUGCUGAGAAUCGUACUUGCAGUAAUGUCUUAUCUGCAAACUUUGACUCCCUCUCUUACCCAAGAACUCCCAAUGAGGUCUUGAGGAUCGUCUAUGACACCGGCAACGAGCACAUUCCCGGAGGUUUCUACCCCAAAGGUGGCAAUGGAAGGAUUGCAAGGGAACUUCUUGAACACCCUUCUUAGUUUUCAUAUUUCUCUCUCCUUAGAUUGAGUGAUGCAUACCAAUACAGUAUUAGAUGAUGGUGUU